CAUACUCUUAAUUAUUUUAUUUAAUUUUUGGAUUAAUCUUCGUCUCACCCAGUUUAGCACCAACUUUUCUGAUAGUCACGUCCUUGGUAUUUCUUCUUCCUCUGCUUGGAUCUGGACCUGUAUGGCACGACACGCUAGAUUUUCAGGUGGAGAUGUGUAGAAACUGGUGGUGGAAAAAUGCUAUUUUUGUAAACAACUUCCUUGGAGGAAUAGCACAAAGGUGCCUGGAACAUUCCUGGUACCUCUGCUGUGACAUGCAGCUCUUUAUACUUUCGCUAUUGGUAAUCAUCCCUCUUCUCAAAAACAAAACUAUUACUGGUAUUUGCGUAAAUAUCGCCUUUAUACUAGCAUCUGUAAUAUCCAUAGCUCUGGUCACCCACUACAAAGACUUUCCUCCAGUCCAGUUGUUAAUAAAUCCUGAUCUGAGUCAACAAGCAGAAUUCGCCCAGAAGCUAUAUUUUCUACCGUACACACAUCUUGGACCAUUUGCUAUUGGCCUACUCCUUGGGUACGUUUACUGGAAAAAUCCACAGCUCAAGUUUACAAAGAAUAUCAAGGUAUUAGGAUGGCCGCUGGCAUUUGGUUUCAAUAUGGCAGUUGUGUAUGGAGUUUACCCUUGGAAUAAUGGAGCUGAACAAAGUCGACCUGUAGUUAUAUUGUAUGCUGCAACACAUCGUAUAGUGUGGACGUUAGGUGUUGCUUGGGUAACAAUGGUCUGCAUUACUGGACAAGGAGGUAUCAUCAACAAAAUUCUUUCUUGGAAGUGCCUAAUUCCAUUGAGUAGAGUAACAUUGGAAGUCUACCUACUUCACCCAUUGUUACAGUGGUUGUACAUGGCUUCACUCCACGACAGGAUCUAUGCAAGUCAUUAUAGUGCUUUUUAUAUAUACAUCAGUCAUCUCGUGAUCGUGUACGUCAUCGCAAUUGUCUGUUGCCUGGCCUUUGACACACCAUUUUAUCACCUUGAAAAAUUCAUACUUAUUCGAAAAUUUAAGAAGAAAGAAGAAACCAAUUGAUUUGCAAAAAAAAAAAGGUCUACCCUUUACUUGUUAAAAUAUAAGGCUUCUGACGUCAUAUUUUCACAUUACUAUAAGCAUCCACUACUUUACUGCCAUCUGUAAAGGAAUUAAAGGUAAUGACGAGAAAAUUAAAUAUAAAGAGAAUCCUAUUAGUUCGUCACGAGCUACUUUUUAAAGCUCAACCAGAAUUAAAAUCAAAGUAUUUUUUUUAUUUACUAAACCGCCUUUAAAGUAUCGGAUAUGAAAUAUCUCGAAUUCAAUUAUGAUCUAUAAAUUUUGUAUAAGAGAAGAUAGAAGAAAUGUCACUGCCUUAAACUAUACAAAUCUGUUCCUUUUUUGUUCCUACAUGUAAAAAUACCCUAAAACUGGGAGAAAUUUGGUUUAACGAACUAAUAUAAUUCAUAUUUGUCUAUAAGUUGGCCAAGGUUAUUUUACUUAAUGUAAAUGUA